AAUCCACUAGCUUAACACUUUCUCUCUCUUUCAGUAAAGGUACUAUCUCUCUUUCUCUCUCUCUAAAACUUUGUAUGAACUAGGGGGGAACCAUUGGAUCUCCCUCCAAUGGCCACCGGGACGCACAUAAUCAACGGCGAACCGGAGACGUCCAGGCCGGUCUUUAGCUCAUCGGCUUCUUUCAAGGCUCGCAAGAAGCCUCAAGCCACCGCGGCCGGUAACCGAGCAGGAACCGGCACCGAGGCCGAUGACCUCGUCACUUUCUUUCACGGCUCCGAUCCACUUCGGGUUGAGCUCAGCCGCCUCGAGAAUGAUGUUCGAGAUAAAGAUAGGGAAUUGGGAGAGGCUCUUGCAGAAAUCAAAUCGCUAAGGAACUCCGAACGCCUUAAACAGAAGGCAGUUGAAGAGUUGACAGAUGAGCUAAACAAAGUGGAUGAAAAAUUAAAAACUACUGAAGCUCUUUUGGAGAGCAAGAACCUUGAAAUUAAAAAGAUCAAUGAUGAGAAGAAAGCUGCUUUGGCUGCACAAUUUGCUGCAGAAGCCACUCUGCGAAGAGUCCAUGCUGCACAGAAGGAUGAUGAAAUGCCUCCCAUUGAGGCCAUUAUCGCUCCACUGGAGGCAGAGCUUAAGCUUGCUAGGCAGGAGGUAACAAAGUUGCAGGAUGACAAUAGAGCACUUGAUCGGCUAACAAAAUCAAAGGAGGCUGCUCUGCUUGAGGCUGAGAGAACAGUUCAGAUAGCUCUGGCAAAAGCAUCCUUGGUUGAUGAUCUGCAAAACAAAAACCAAGAACUUAUGAAGCAGAUAGAAAUAUGCCAGGAAGAGAACAAAAUCAUUGACAAAAUGCAUAGGCAAAAGGUUGCUGAGGUUGAAAAGCUGACUCAAACAGUUCGUGAGCUUGAAGAGGCUGUUUUGGCUGGUGGGGCUGCUGCGAAUGCUGUGCGUGAUUACCAACGUAAAGUGCAGGAGAUGAAUGAGGAGAGAAAAACUUUAGAACGAGAGGUGGCUCGUGCAAAAGUUUCUGCAAAUCGUGUGGCGACUGUAGUUGCAAAUGAGUGGAAAGAUGGGAAUGACAAAGUGAUGCCUGUUAAGCAAUGGCUUGAAGAAAGAAAAUUUUUUCAGGGAGAAAUGCAACAGCUUCGGGAUAAGUUGGCAGUGGCAGAGCGCACGGCAAAGGCAGAAGCACAACUAAAGGAAAAGUACCAAAUGCGCUUCAAGGUUUUGGAAGAGAGGGUUAAAGCAUCUAAUGGAGGUUCUCGUUCAGCCAUAGAAGCAAGAAGCGUAAGCAAUGGGCGUUCGAGACGUCAGUCUCUUGGAGGAGCUGAGAACUUCUCUAGAUUGUCCUCCAAUGGAUAUCUCUCUAAAAGAAUUUCAAAUUUGCAAGUAGGAGCCCAGCGUCCCAAUAGUGGUACUGCACUUCUAAAGAGUGCCAAGAUUUCAUCAAAUUCAUUUGAUGGUGGUAGUAGGUCACUGGAAAGAGACAAGCUAACGCCAGAGAUGACUCUGAAAGACAAUACACCUUCCAAUGCUAGUGAUCACACCGAAAUGAUCGGGAUGAAUGGUAGACAAGACGAUAGUGCAAAUGCCACCACUCCUAUUGGUAAUUCCAGAACAGAACAUGAAGAUUACAUUUCAGGAGUGUUAUACGAUAUGUUACAGAAAGAGGUUGUAACUUUGAGGAAGGCAUGCAAUGAGAAAGAUCAGACACUCAAGGACAAAGAUGAUGCAAUUGAGAUGUUGGCAAAGCAAGUUGACACGUUGAACAAAGCAAGGGAAGUUGAGGCCAAGAAAAUGAGGAGGGAAGUAGCUGCCAUGGAGAAAGAAGUUGCUGCUAGUCGUACUGGCAAUGAACAUGAACAGAGGACAAGGCGGCUCAGUAGUGCUCCCAGAGCAGCUGUUUCUAUGACCCGCUCACUCUCUGCUAGGAAUGCACGAAAAUCUUGACUCAUAGAAUGACCAAAUGUCAGAAUUUUAUUCUUCGGCUCUGCGGUCAGUAGAAUUUGUAUGGUUUUCUCAUGAUUCUUUUUUUACUCAUAACAUAUUUGUCUAUUUAAGUCUUCUGGGUCCAAUUUGUAAAGAAUAACUAAUGUUUUCCGUGAAAAAGGUCCUGCGGUUGUAUAUUGAUUGUACUAAUAUAACUAAAAAAAUACCAUCAACAGUGGCAUGAAAAUCGUAUAACAAAAAGAGUUUGUCCUAGACUUUGUUUGAA